AUGCAUAAAAAUACUGAAGAAACAAGCACUUGUUUUAGUGAUUACAAUUUAAAAAGUAAUGUUUGCUGCGAUUAUAUUCCUUGCAAAACAUUUAGGGGAGAUCAAAUUAAUAAACUGAAAAACAAAUUAUUAAGUUGUAAUAACAGCGAAUUAAAACAUCUAAAUAAUUCAAAAGCUGGUACCAAUAAUGAUAUAGAAAAUAAUAAUAUGAAAGAUAAUAGUAAUAGUAAUAAUAAUAACAAUAUUAAAGAUAAUAGUAAUAAUGAUAUAGAAAAUAAUAAUAAUAAAGAUAAUAGUAAUAGUAAUAUUAAAGAUAAUAGUAAUACUAAUAUUAGAGAUAAUAGUAAUAAUAAUAAUAAUAAAGAUAACAGUAAUAGUAAUAAUAAUAAUAAAGACAACAAUAACAGUAAUAAUAAUAAUAAAGAUAAUAAUAAUAGCAAUAAUAAUAAUAAUAAUAAUAAUAAUAAUAAUAAUAAUAAUAAUAAUAAUAAUAAUAAUAAUAAUAAUAAUAAUAAUAAUAAUAGUAAAGAAAAUAAUAAUAAUAAUAACAAUGAACUACUACAUUUAUUAGAUAAUAUAAAUCAUUUAAACACGAAUUUAUAUUAUAGUAAAAAUAAACUACAGUAUAAAAAUAAUAUUUCAUCUUUUGAAGAUAAAAGUAGUUUGAGUCAAUACGAUUAUUUAAAUAUUAAAAAAAGUAAAUUAAUUAACAAUUUAAACUUUUUUAUGCGUAUAUGCUGCAAUAAAAAAUCAUAUAUAAAGUUUAUAAAUCAUUAUUUUAAUAUAAUUUAUAGUAAUAAUAUUAAUAUAUUAUUUCAGUAUGAAUGCAUAUUGCAAAAAUUUGAAGAAAAUAAUGAAAAUUUAACUGAAAAUGAUUAUUAUAAUGCAUAUAUUAAUUUAAAUAAAAUUCCACUAAUUAUAAAUGAAAACAUAAUAGUUCAUGGGAAGCAUACAGACAUAAAUAAUAAACAGGAACACUUAAGAAGUAAUAAUAAUUUUGAAAAUAAUAUAAUGGGUUUCUUAAAUAUAUAUGAUAAUUUAACUGUUAAUUUUUUUAAUUAUAUAUUUAACAAGAUGAAUAACGAUAAUAAUAUGCAUAGUUCCAACUUUGAUAACAUAAUUAAUAACUUUUUACAUAAAAAGAAUUUACUAAAAGAAAAUAUUUUUAAUUUGUUAUUAAACAUAAGUAAAUCUUAUGAAAUAAAAUAUAGUGAUGUCAUUAGUGAUAUAAAACAUGAAGAAUAUUUUAAGGAUGGAAAUGAAAAAAAAAUUAUAGAAAUUCUAAAAAAUAAAAUAGAUAAAGAACCAAAUAAAUUAAAUAAAAUAAAUAAUGUUAAGAGUGACUAUAAUACUACUAAUAAUAAUAUGAUUCAUUUAAAAAGUGCAGAAAUGUUUAUAAAUAAUAAAAAUAAUAACUAUAAUAUAAAUAAAUGUAAAGAAAGUGACGUUACAGAUAAUUAUUGUGAGAAUACUACAAAUGAUAUUAAUAAUUCCAAUAAUAGCAAGUACAAUAGUGAUAAUACCAAUAGUAAUGAAAAUGUAUUUUUAGAAGAAAUAAAAGAAAAAUUGAAUAAGGAAAUAGAAAUAUAUGAUAACAAUCACACAAAAAAUGAAGAAGUAGAUAAAAAAAAAAAUAUUAAUACAAUAGAUAAUAUAUACAAAUUUUUGAAAAAUAAUAUCUUUAUUCCUAAUAAUAAUAUUUACACUGAUUUUGUUGAAAAUGGAAAUGAUAUUUUUUUAAAUAAAAUAAAAAAAAGUGACAAAAAUGCCUAUUUUAAAUUAAUAGAAAAAUUUGAUCGUAUGUAUAAUAUAAUAAAUGAAUUCAAAAAUAAUAUUAAAAAUGGAAAAAUGCAAGAUGAAAUUUUAAUCAAUGAUAAGGAAAAUAUACAAAAAAACAAAAAAAAAAAAAAUAGCAUCCAUGAGGAUGAAUUUAAAGUUAAUAAUCAGAAUAAGAGAUUUUUAAGAAACUGUAAUUGUAAAAAAAGUAAAAGAAGUAAAAGGAUAAAAAAAAAUGAAAUUUCAAAAAAUAAAAAAAAUAAAUUGGAAGAUAAAAAAAAGAAAAAUUAA